AUGAGCAAGUUUCUCCAGAAUGCCAUGAACGCAAAAGAAGAGCGUCUGUUGCAUCUAAGUUUGGAAGUUAAGGUUCUGAAGUCUUUGAAUGACCAUUUGAACGAACGCAACCGCCGACUCGAAGAGGACAACAGCAAACAGCUUCAAAUUAUUAACGACCAAACGCGUUUGGUUCAUGAGAUGAGUGACAUUAUUGCUACCAAGAAUUCUUCCCAGUAUGUUAGCAACCAGUAUUCCUCCAAAUUCAGACAAGAACGACAUAAACUGUUGGCCGAAAUCGAGCACCUGAAAGUGCAAGCUUCGUCGGGACAUAGCAAGACCCGACCCAAAAGUAUGCCGGCUUCGGAAAUCGGAAUUAAAUUGAGCAGCAAACAAAAUCUACAAUUAGACUGCUUCCCUUCGCCCAAGGCGCCUCAAGGGGGAAACAGUGCCUCCGAUUAUUGGAGCUUAAAGUUAAGCAAGUCCCAAACAUACGUUGGAAUGAGACAUUCCUCGAGUCCCAUUAAUACCAAAAGUAGCAAAAUAUCCUACCUAAACCGGAAGAAGUCGGGAUCCGAGCCGGAGAUUUCAGUGCUUAUCAAGAAAAACGAACCUUCACCGGGUUGCAGUUCUUCCAAAGAUUGGCCACUGUCAAGCAAACCUAGCAGAAACCAGUAUUUCGACCGAGUUAAGGAUUUGAUCGCCGGCAUAACGAAAAUCAGAAACUGACUCAUCCUAAUGCUGCUUAAUACAUUUAUUUUAAAAUUUAAAAAAAAAACUGCUCAUUUUGUUCGAAAAAAUUUCACCGUUAAAAAAAAGUCAAGUAAAAAAU